CUCUACUAUUCUAUGAUUCUAUAUACUUAGCUAGGAGUCUGUCCCACUGAAGUCAUUGGGACUUGUUCUGAGCAUAGGAUUGGGCAGAACAAUUUUAAAUUUGUUUUGUUGCCACUGUGAUAAGAGCCAAAGUUACCCCAUAUUUCUGAGACCAUGUGAUUGAUAGACAUAGGCUUGAGGCAAGCAAGAGACAUACACAGUGAAAUUUGCCCAGUGACUUCAGGAGUAGCAGAGCACCACAUUCUGUUCUUUCAGCUUAUUUUAUAUAGCAUCCUGUUAUUAACCACAAACUUUGUUCCAGUAGCCUGCUUUGUCCUAGACUGUGUGCCUCUGUGGUUAUGCAGAGUAUAUUUGCCAUGCUUGUUUUUUUUUUUACCAUAUAGCUGUUGGGUCCAAAUCCAAGCACCCCCCCUUUCUCCCUAAAGGGGCGAGCUAACGCACCCCUCAGCCCUGGAUAGGAGUGCAAGCUUGGCAAUUUCGUUUACCUGUCCCAGUGGCUCAGUCAGAUACCAAACAUUAAACAGAAACUGCACAGACAGCAGUCUGACAGGGAAGAGAGCACCGUUUAUUAAUUGAAGCACCAUUAUAUAAGUUUCAUAAGCAAAACAAAGUAUAAUAUCACUAAAAGCAUAACAAAGGGAAUACAGUAUUACAGAGAUAAAGCAAGCGCAUUUUCUUAUCCUUGUUACAUUUACAAUAAUUCUUAAAAAGCGAGAAAUUGAUAAAGAAUUAAUACAUUUGUCAAUCCAAGAAAACUAAAUUUAAGAUAAGAACUAAGGAAGGGAGGAAGAAAGUUAGAUUGACACCACUAAGAGAUAAAGAUAGGGCUAGUAUGCUUAUAAAAGUUAUCCACUCAGCAGUAUGACGUAAAUCUAUGGAUACAAUCCUAGCAAAGUAUUUGGGGAACACUUCUUCCUUUGUGCUGAGUUUGCUACAAUACACAGGAUGUGUAUAGUGAAACAAGACAAGGGAAAUAACAACAAUCCAGACAGGAUACCUUUUAUCUCUUUUCCAGGAGGUUACAGCCUGUAAGGCGCCUCUGGGUGUUAUUUCUCACGAGAGAGAAAACGAAACUUAAGAGUCGUCUGUUCCCCACCCUCUCUUAGUUCCAUGAUUCAUUGCGGUACUAGCUCUGGCUACAAUUUAGCGUUUCUGGACAAUUCUUGGGGCCUAGAAAUAAAAUAAUUCCUAACAUAGCCUGUGUGGUUAGCAAAGUGCUAAGUUCUUAUCUAUGCAAAGAACUGUCUCCAUGGAUACCAUGUGACAUGUCUAUGAGGCAGAGACCACUAUGCAAAGUUAUAAUGUAUAAAAGUGACUGGCUUCUUCUCUUCGCUGCUGCAGUCGCAUUUCAGAGACUGGGGUCUUAGUUCUGAACUAAUAAACUGCUGCUACUUUACUCCCUGUCGAAUGGCUGUUAUUUGCAGUACCUAGAAAAAGAUCCCAAAGGGAAUAUUUUCUCUUACAACACCACAGGCUAACAUGGAUAUACUACUCCUGGAAUCUGCUCAGUUGAUUCCGACUUAUGGCGGCCCUAUGAAUAGGGUUUUCAUGGAGGAGAGGCUUGAGGUGCAAAGCCCUGAGUGUCACCAUGAGGGGAAUACCACAUGAUUUCUGCUCAGAAGAAGUUCAGCAGCUGCUUCACAACAAGUUUGUUGUGAUCAUGGGUGAUUCCAUUUACCGAUCGAUGUAUAAAGACCUGAUCUACAUUCUGCAGACAGACGAGCUGCUCACCCGUGAGAAGCUACAGGACAAGGGGGAGAAAACUUUUGAAAAUGAUCGCCUAGUGGAGUGGAGCAACUUCAACCGUGGGACCAGUUAUCGGGAGGUACGCGAGUACUGCACCGAUCACCACCUCGUGCGCUACUAUUUCAUCUCCCGUAUUUAUUCACCCUACAUGGAGAGUGUCCUGAACGACUUCCGGACUGACCCUAAACCAGAUGCUGUCAUCUUCAAUUCUUGCCUCUGGGACCUCAACAGAUACAAUGAUUUGUCUUCCCAUGAGCCUGCGCUACCAAAAGCCAUCCGAGAGUACCAUCAGAACCUAAUGAAGCUGUUUGAGAAGCUGGAUAGCAUCCUGCCUCAGACGUGCCUUGCCAUUUGGAACACGGCACUGCCGAUAAGAGAAAAAGCCGCUGCAAAAGGCCUCUACUGGGAUGAGAAACCAAACGCAAGUCCCAGGGAUGUGAUCGAGGCCAACUUCUAUGGAGCCAAAGUGGCCUCCAGCUAUGACUUCAAUGUCCUGGACCUACACUUCCACUUCCGCUUUCAGGAGAAGCACCGUGAGGAGGACGGGGUCCAUUGGAAUUCCACGGCACACCGGUUCAUUACCAAAUGGCUGCUGACGUACAUGGCUGAUGCCUGGGGAGUUCAGCUCGAGGAGAGGAGGCCCCAAAUAGGAAUAGAGUGGAAUGGACACGCAGCAAAUUGGCAAGCUUCCCCACCACCACCGUUGCGGCCGUUGCAGCUACAGUGGCCCUCAUCACGCCAGUCCAGUCCCCACCCUCCACCUGCCCCUUGCUUCCUCCCUCACCAUAGUCGUUCCAGAACUCCAUUCUAUUUCCAUUACAAUGGUACCUUCUGUAACAGGCCCGUGGGUGAACACGAACAGAUGCCCCCACCCUUCCUUAGUCAGCUCAAUCGUGCCAAUGACCCUUAUUUUCAACAGAAUGCUACUUAUAGUAAUGGCCCCAUUGGUGGAUUUGAGUGUGAGGAGGGUGCCCUGUCCAACUAUGGCCAUCUCAUUCAUCAGCCUCUUGACCAUCAGAAUGAACACCAUGGUAACGGGCCCUUGGGUAGACUGGAAUACAAUGGCCAGGGGCUCCCACCCCACCCUGGCCAAUUCAAUCCCGACCAUCAGGAUGGUCUCUAUGAUAAUAGACCCGUGUGUGGACUGGAAUAUAAUGACCAGGGGCCCCCACCCCUCCCUGGCCAAUUCAAUCCUGACCAUCAUGAUGGUCUCUAUGAUAAUAGACCCAUGUGUGGACCGGAAUAUAAUGGCCAGGGCCCCCCACCUCACCCUGGCCAAUUCAAUCCCGACCAUCAGGAUGGUCUCUAUGAUAAUAGGCCCGUGUGUGGACUGGAAUAUAAUGGCCAGGGGGCCCCACCCCACCCUGGCCAAUUCAAUCCCAACCAUCAGGAUGGUCUCUAUGAUAAUAGACCCAUGUGUGAACCAGAAUAUAAUGACCAGGGGCCCCCACCCCACCCUGGCCAAUUCAUUCCUGACCAUCAUGAUGGUCUCUAUGAUAAUAGACCCAUGUGUGGACCUGAAUAUAAUGGCCAGGGGCCCCCACCCCACCCUGGCCAAUUCAAUCCUGACCAUCAUGAUGGUCUCUAUGAUAAUAGACCCAUGUGUGGACCGGAAUAUAAUGGCCAGGGGCCCCCACCCCACCCUGGCCAAUUCAAUCCUGACCUUCCACCUCUUGAUCAUCGCAACAGCCCUUACAAUGACAGGCCCAUGGAUGGAGCUUGGAACACGCUACCCCAUCAUCCUCAAGAAAUCCCUCGCAACAGCUCCUUUAUCCCUGUUCGGGGUGGGCAGCCUAGAAGAGCCAGGGUAAGGCAACGCAAUAGGCACAUCAGGCAUCGCCGGCACUCUCACAUGCAGUGCGAAGGUGCCCACCCCUACGCCUGGCAGCAGAACGGUGGCGGCAGAACCCGGCAGCAUUUUCACAGGGCUUCCUGCUAAAGUUGCAGACACCCACCCAGUCUACCAGAGAGGUCCCUCCCACUCCUAGCAGUGGCUCCCUCAGCCUUGAACUUUCUUCUCUUGCACACAGCAGCCAAACGUGCCGGGCCUGUUUUUUGUUCUUUGGACUGUGGUUGUCGAGGGCUGAAAUGACUACUACGAGAGCUUUUUGGUAUGAAUGUAUAUUUAAAAUGUAUUUUUAAAGUCUCAAGGUAGAAAUUACAAACAGCCCUUAUCCCUUAAGCUUGCUGGGCUCUGUGGCAGUAAUGAAGUUUACCACUUUUCCUUGAACUCAUUAUAGAGGAGAAACAGCGUAUGUUUUUAAAGACAACAUUUCUGUCUCUGAAUGUAAAGAAUAA